AUGGAGCUUAAGAAGCGCCUCAACCUGGGCAGCCUGAUGCGCAAACGCCCAUCCGCGCCGCCCCAGGACAGCGUCCCUGUAGACCCUGACGCCGAUACGCCAGAAGCAAAUGCUGCCAGGGGCGUGAGACUCUUCUGCGAGUCUGCCGCUGCUAACUCGGGCGAAGAGGUGCUCCACCUGCCCACCAUUGUCGAGUCCGCCGUCGCAAGCCCAGCUGCUGCAUCCGCCGCCGCCAGACAAAUCCGCACCUUCCUCUCCAAAGAAAACUACACCCGUCCCCAUGUCCAGUACAAUGCCAUUAUGCUCAUCCGCAUAUUGUCCGACAAUCCGGGUCCCUCCUUUACCAAGAACCUUGACAAGCCAUUUGCCGACACGGUGAAGCACCUCUUGCGCCAUGGACAGGACCCCAGCGUUGCGCAAAUCACAAAAGAGACGCUGGAUGCCAUGGAGCGCGAGAAGUCCUACGACUCCAACCUAAACACGCUCUUCGCCAUGUACAAAAAAGAAAAGGGGCUCAUGGCCAAUGCCGCAAAGCAAUUCAGUCCCCGGACGCUCAAUGCGCCAGGAUGGUCCGGCUCGCAGAACAUACAGGGCGGCUUCAGCUCUGGAAGCAGCAGAUCCAAUUCCAAGACUUUGCCCCCGCCCACAGAGCUGGCAGGCCGCAUCGAAGAAGCGCGCACAUCAGCGAAGCUUCUCCUGCAAUUCGUGCAAUCGACCCCCGCCAACGAGCUGCUAAGCAAUGAACUGGUCAAGGAGUUUGCCGAACGCUGCACCACCGCUCAACGGAGCAUACACGGCUACAUUGCCUGCGACAAUCCGCCGCCCGAUGACGACACCAUGCUCACACUCAUUGAGACAAACGAACAACUCUCUCUCGCUGCCUCCAAGCACCAGCGCGCAGUGCUCCAGGCGCGCCGCGUCAUGGGUGCCUCGCCCUCACCCCCAGCUCCAAACGGCAAUGUCCCAGCUGGUGUGCCUCCUCAGUCAUACACGCCACCCCAGAUCAGCGCCCCCACAUUACCUCCUGCAAAUGUGACAAGCACCCAGCCGCUCACCUCUCCCUCUGGCACCUACAGGAACGAAGAGACGUCGCAACCAAAGCCGAGCGCGCCAGAAGAGAAUCCGUUUGCCGAUCACUAUACAUCUCCAUACACAUCUCCACCCGCCCCACCAAACCCAAGAGGAACAAAUGAUUAUGGUGGCUCGCCCGACUCGUAUCAUCCUGGCUACCAGUCGACUCCAUCUUACCUGGGCCGACAAGAGAGUUCUGCCAACAACCUAACCAUGCAUGGUGCUCAGCCACCGAUUGCCGAAGAGGAUGAGCAUACGCGACCACGGGCCGAACGCCCACGAACGCCCGAGGGCAACGUGCCGCAGCAGCAAGCCCAUGACGUGUCGCCGGUUGCAGAGCGUAACACAAUAACGUACAGAUACUAGAAGUGCCGUGAGGGAUGUGAUCAUGGAUUGGUUAGCGGACGUGCUGAUGUGGGGUACUAGCGUACCGCCCGAGUACCCACACAUCUGACCGGAGACGUCCGUCGCUUUGAAAUCACGGCGCGUACAUAUUUUUGCCAUUAUGAGCACAUUUUGAUAACUUCAUUUGACCGCAUCGUUGACAGCGUAGUUGUUUGGAAAGAUACCAUAGUUUGUGUUUUUUU